AUGCAAUUCCUCUGCCAGCAGACCCAAUUGAAUAUAAAAAAAGCAGCAGAUUCAAUCUUAAGUGGUAAAGUUGUUGGAUUUCCAACAGAGACUGUGUAUGGACUAGGUGCUAAUGCCUUCAAUGAGCAAGCUGUGAGGUCUAUUUUCAAAGCCAAAGGUAGACCAAAUGACAAUCCCUUGAUAGUACAUGUUUCGUCGUUGAAUAUGUUUAACAGUUAUUUCAAUCAGAAACUACCUCGUACUUAUGAGCUCCUAAUAAAUGAAUUCUGGCCUGGUCCUCUCACUAUCCUGAUAAAAAGUCCAAGUCAAAUACCUGCAGAGACAACUGCCAACUUGAACACGGUCGGUGUUAGAAUCCCUUAUCAUCCAAUCGCUAGAGCUUUGAUUGAAUGUAGCGGUGUACCUUUAGCAGCCCCUUCUGCGAAUAGCUCUGGUAAACCAUCAACUACGACUGCUUUACACGUUUAUGAAGAUAUUUUUCAGAGAAAAGAAGCACGCGAAGUGAUGGAUUAUAUUAUAGACGGUGGUAGAUCAGAUAUUGGAUUAGAAUCGACAGUUAUAGAUGGUAUUACAGUCGAUGGUAAAGUGAGAGUACUUCGACCAGGUGGUGUUACAGUAGAAGAUUUAAAAAGAGUUGUUGGUGACGAUAACGUUGUUUAUGAAAAGAUGGAGAUCAAGACUGCAGAUUUCAAACCAACAACGCCUGGUAUGAAGUAUAAGCAUUACUCACCUAAAGCUAGAGUGUUAUUGUUGAUGAAUGAUAGUAAUACCAACAAGUCAGACAAAAUCAAAAAGCUAAAAGAGUUGAUAGAAAGCUUAGAUACAAAUGACAAGAUUGGAAUGAUGACGUUGGAAGAUUCACUCAUGACGAACGAGUUGAUGAACAUUAAUAAGAGCAGCAACAAUUUAAUCCCCUACUUUAUCGGGCCUUCAAACAAUCCCUCAAUCGUCGCUUCAAAUAUAUUCGCUGGUCUGCACAGUCUAGACAAGCACCAAGUGGAAUACAUACUAGUUGAAGGAGUAGAAGAGCGUAAUGAAGGUCUAGCAAUAAUGAAUAGACUAUAUAAAGCAGCAGGUAACCUCGAGAAUGUCAUUUUGAUUUAG